AUGCGACCCGCUGACGUAACUUCUGCGAUCGACGAAAAACUCUUGGGCACAGUGUACAGUGCGAUAAAGAUAGCGGAUCCUGCAAAAUUUAAAGUAGGCGAUUCGGUGCAGCGUACCAAUCCCGUAACCUAUCUACUCGAGGACUAUCGUAGAAAAUCUGUCGCUGGAGCGUUCUACGAGCACGAGUUGCAUCGCGCUACUCAUCCGGACGUGUAUCUCGUGGAGAAAGUGUUGCGCAGGAAGGGCGACAAAGUGUACAUCAAGUGGCUAGGAUUCGAUGGAUCGCAAUUCAUGGAUACAUAA